CUUGAUGAAGCGAAAUGGCGUGACAAUAGCCAGUUAAAUGAACACUUCGUUCUCUUUUGUUUUAGAAUUCUAAGUGAUUUCAGACACAUUCAUCGAUGGCUUCCAAUGGCGCUCUUUGUGUUGGAGACGUCAUCUUCGUAUUUUCUUUAUGCAUUUUGUGUGUUCUUUGUAUUGUCGGGAAUAUAACUGUCAUCUUGACAAUUUUGGGAACACCAAGCUUACGGUCUGGAAGCUCUUUGUUGCUCCUUAACCUUGGCGUUUGUGACUUACUAUACGGCGUCAUUAGGAUUUCGACCCUCACAGACAGUUUCUUGUACGAAGGAUGGCACUUUAAUCAGACGGUGUGUUCCUUUACGGCCAUAUCAACGAGUCUUUUUUCUGUAGUGUCCAUCCUAACCACCACUGUCAUUGCGUUGGAUCGAUACCUUUCCAUCAUCCAUUGUCUCCGCUACUCCUCCUGGUCACCUACGAUGACCACUACCCUUGCUUUGACCGCUACGUGGGUCUUUGGACUAGUUAGCUCUAUCCCUAGCAUUACCGGGAUCUGGGGGUCAGUAACCUAUGACCCUAAAUUGUACCUGUGUUAUAUAAAAUGGAAUACUCAUUUAUCAUACGCAACAUUACAAUUUUUAAUGACGUAUUUAGUGCCAAUUAUUACAAUGGGGUAUUCCUAUCUUAGAAUCAUCGUUGUUGCAAGAUCUCACGCCAAAAAGAUAACCGAUCUUAAUGCACAUGUGAACAGAACUUCCUGUGAAACUACGGUACCUCCUCAUGGAAUCGUAGCGUUUGCUGUUCUUGAUCCCGUUCGUCGUCUUCCUGUCAUGGGGUUUCCAGUUGCUUCGACUAGAUCUUUGAUCGAUUUUGAUUUAAGCAGUUUUAAUGCAAAUGGCCUUCAUAAUACGUCAACGGAAAAAAGUAACAACCAGCAAAAAGCUAUGCUUAGACUUCUUGGACAUAUAUUAGCAUUCAUAAUUUGUUGGACACCAUUCGUCAUAAAUGAACUACAAUUUCUUUCCAAACAAGAUAUCUUCGAAUUUUCGACUGUUUCGUCGAUGAUAACUUCAUGGCUACUCUGUUUACACGCAGCAUUGAAUCCUUAUAUCUACGCAAUUCUGAGUGGAAGGUUCCGAAAAUAUGCUCUUAAACUGGCUAAAAUCAAGAAAUUUUCGGUAACGCGUGUGAAAGAUUUCAACAGAUCCAGGGUAAUCGACACGAUUACCCAUCGCCGACCACGUGCUGCUAGGAUAAUAGGACCUGGAGGGAUGAAAUCAGAAAUAACACAUGUUGCCUUCUCAGAACAACAUAAUUUGAAACCAAAAGUGAGCUAUUUAGACGUGCCGGCAAUACCUCAGAUUUAUCCUUCUCCAGAGACAAAGCUAUAUGCGGAUAAUCCGCGCAGAGAAAACUUUAGCGCCAAGAAAGGUCUUUCUAGAGUUCCGGAAACUAUACCCUCUGUGGAGUCAUUAGUUGUCGAAUCCGUGGACGAAGGCAUUUUCCUGGAUGACGAGACAAAUACGAAAAGAGAAAGCAAAUGAAAUUCACAUGAGCAACAGAAUUGCUUCUCGAGACCUGUUCAAUACUUUAUAUACAGUCAAUGUGUUUGUUGCUAUAAACCGAAUAAACAAAA